GCCUAUCCUUACUGCUAAUUCAGCUUUCACCUGUCGCAAUGUCGUGUACAUGUAAUUAAUUCGGAUCACACUGGUUUACCUAUAUUAUUGACAAUGCAACUCCGUUUACUUUACGCAGUUUGUGGCCUAAAACCCGUACACGAGGGUUCCCGACGCUUUGCUCUUCGGGCUUUUCGUGCGUUUUCGGAUUGUGCGGCGGAUUCACGGGAGCCUCUGAAACAGUGGAGUCUUACAGUCAGUCCUUUUAUUAAAAUCAGCUGUCACCUCCACUGUAAUGUCUCUAUACGACCUCUGGAUCCUCAUGCUUUCCCGGGAUCGGAUCGGGCUCUGAUUUCACUACACGGACACGGCGGUGGUAAACUGGACGGUUUUCAGGUUCACUAUGAUGAUCAGAGGAAGGAACUGAAAGUGGAAGCUGAUCAGGACAUCACUGAUUUAUCUGUAGAGCUUGCGACUCCUAUUAAAAGCGAUCUACACGUUGUUACUAAAGGAAAGGGCAGCGUGAAGAUCCAGAACAUGGAAAGUGAUGUGUGUCAGAUUCAGACUGAAAAAGGUGACUGUGUUCUUCAGUCUGUCAAGAGUCACAUAGUGAAGGUGCAUUCCAGUGGAGGAAGCAUCACUGGUGUGGGUACAAUCCAUGGAGAAGUAGACAUCGUUACUGCUGGAGACAGUAGUAUUGACAUAAAAAAGAUCCAAGGGACUUCCAUGAAUGUGUGCACGGAACACGGUCCAUUAAAAGUGAAAGCUGUUUAUGCUGAGUCAAGUGUCUUGGACUCCUCUUCUGGAAAAAUCCAUGUUGGUCAUGCACAUGGUGAAACACUUGUUCGGAGCAACACCGGAGACAUCGUCAUUGAUAGUUCGAGCGGUGCCCUUACAGCGUUUACUAAUGCUGGAAGCAUUAAUGCAUAUGUGAGCCAAACAGGAAGAGCAGAACUUCAUACACAACAAGGUGCCAUACAUGUGCGUAUACCAUCCACUUUGAAGGCCUGGGUGCAGUUAUGUGGGACGACAGUGGACAGCAGUUCAGAUGUCACUCAGGAGACAGAACAACAGUCAGCUGAAGGCAAAACGGUUCUUACUGGGCGGUUGAAUGGUGGCACACAGGAGGACUGCUGGAUCAGAGCCACAGCUGACAGAGGAGCCGUCAGUCUCAAUAUCCAGAGCUGGAUUGAGACACUUAAACUGAAGAGCUAAAAAAGAAAUGUGUCUAUGUGUCUUCCUGUGUACAUUAUGCCAUUUCUAUUUAUCAAGAUGUAAGUUAAUAAAUGUCUUAAAGUGUUGUAUCGAAAUAAAAAACACUGGAUUGUU